GUAGUGGAGCGUGCGCGUCUAUCCAGACUGGAUUCGCUUAAAGAGAAAAAAGGGAGGACAAUAAUCCAGCUGGGGCACACACACACACACACACACACAGUGAGAGAGGAGGAAGAAGAAGUUUGUUUUUCCGGCUGACUGGAGUACAGAAGACGAGCAGAAGGAGGCUGAGGAGGGAGAGCAGACGGCGGAGACUCGGGGAUCUGUCCUCCCGCUAUGGACGCUUUAAAAUCGGCGGGCCGGGCGAUAAUCCGGAGCCCCAGCAUCGCCAAGCAGUCGUGGGCUUCAGGGAGACACAAAAAGCUCCCGGAGAACUGGACGGAUACGCGCGAGACCCUGCUGGAGGGCAUGGCGUUCCAGCUGAAGUAUCUUGGCGUCACGCUGGUCGAGCAGCCGAAGGGAGAGGAGCUGUCGGCUGCCGCCGUCAAGAGGAUUGUUGCCACGGCCAAAGCCAGUGGGAAGAAGCUACAGAAGGUCACGCUGAAGGUUUCCCCGAGAGGGAUCAUCCUGUACGACUGCGCCUCGAAUCAACUGAUAGAGAACGUCUCCAUUUACAGGAUCUCCUACUGCACUGCUGAUAAGAUGCACGAUAAAGUGUUUGCCUACAUCGCUCAGAGCCAACGCAACGAGACGCUCGAGUGCCAUGCCUUCCUCUGCACCAAAAAGAAAGUGGCACAAGCGGUGACAUUAACAGUAGCCCAGGCCUUUAAAGUGGCUUUUGAGUUCUGGCAGAACGCCAAGGAAGAAAAAGAGAAGCGGGUGAAGGUGGAGGCGGUCGGACCGAGCAACUCUGAACAGAAUUCUGAACAUGUGGAGGAAGGAGAAGUAGCUACGGGGAAUCUGUUAAACUUAGAAGAGAGUGCAGUUAUACAUUCAGGACCUGGUGAUGAAACGCAUAGAGCACAGAGCAUCAGCACAGAGAACAACAACACUCUUUGGGAGCUUGAUGACGGUCUGGAUGAAGCCUUCUCAAGACUCGCUGAGUGUCGCGCUAACCCCCAGGUCCUGGACACUGGGCUAAACCCUCAGGAUUACAACACUGACGAGUGCCUGUCACCCUCCAAUUGGGACAAAGCCGACGGCGAGGCUCCCGACACCGAGGAUGCAUUCGGCUUCUGAAAGCACAAGAGACGAUGACGGAUGGAAAGGUGAAAAAGGACAAGGAAAGGGGACGAUCUUGUCACUGACUGAUGGACAGGACCGAGUGGAAAGUGAACCGAUGCUGCGUCGUCAUCAUCAGAAUACAAGAACUGCACAGACCAAAGCAAUAAACGUGUUUGUUUGUUUUUUACGUGAGAGGUAUUUGCUUUAAUCUGCUUGUGUAUUAUGAUGCUCCCUGUUAUGGUCAGUUUUGUAUUUUUUGAUUUCCCUUUGUUGCGUGUGUGUAUAUGAGGUAUACAGUAUGUAUGAGACACAUGUAUGAUAACUGUAUAAAUGAGAGAGCUGUGUGUGAUAUGAUGCGUAUGAUGUCUCGAGUGCUUCAGGUCAGAAUUCGGCUAUGCAGUAUAACACUGUAACGAUGUUCUCUCGUUUAGAGAGUUUAACAACUUGGGUUGUUGUUUAACACUUUAACGUAUCGUUGUGUGAGCGAUCCCAAGUUUGGUUAACUGGUGAUGAAAUAUUUUAAAGAGAUGUAUGAACCUGGCAUGACGGGGUGUUUUAUCCGAGCUUUAGCAUCUUGGAAAACCAAAAAUAAGAGGCGAGAGUUUAUACUGAUUUUCUUAUAUUUUCUAUUGGAAAUGUAUUUUUGUACUCCCUGCCUAGAAUGUUUUCAAAGCACACAGUUUAAUUUCAGGGAAAUAACAUUCAUAAUUAAUUUUUUGAUUUGUGGCUAAUUCAUGUGUGUUUAGCCCUAAAGUGAGGUCAUGUUCAUUAGCGGAUUAUUACAUAAGGAACGUGCAUAACGAUCCUACCACCUGGUGAUCUGUCACUUGCCUGGUGUUACAUGCAUCAGCCCUGGAGGGUUUCAGACCUUUUUUUUUUCUCCAAACUCCAGUUCACCUCUCAGUGUUAAACUUUACAUUGUUUAGAUUUAGCUUUUCUCAUUUCAGUGCUUGGAUUUUUGACUGCAUCCCAUAAUUCUGUUUUGUAUUAAAGACCAUAACCUUCCA